AUGUUAUCGUGGUGGCUGAAAUAUACUUCGAAAGAUCAUUGUGCAUUACAAUAUUCAUGUUUAUGUCAAUAUUCAAUAAAACAAAAUUCAACAGCUAUCGAUAUACAAAGUUUAUCAACGAAAUCGGAUGAAAAAGAAAUCUUAAUUCUUUCGUUUAUUGUUUUUAAAGUAAUAGCAAUUAAACGAAAUUAUCUUGAUGAUCCAACAGCAUCAAUUUCAAUUGAAAUUGAAUUAGAAGAAUGUGAAGAUCCAAAUGAUAAUCAAAAUCAAGCAGAAAAAACAACUACUACAGAAAACGAUAAUGAGGGCAACAAUUCAUUACCACUAGAACAUGUGAAUUCGUUUAUGAAUCAACAAGAUUGUAUUACACAAAUAAAAGGAAUCCAAGAUUAUCAAAUGAAUAUACAAUAUUGGUCUGGUAUUGGUUUAAAUUUUGUUCUGUGUAAUAAAAAUGAUGAUCAAAAACAAAUUUAUGAAGGUAGAGGAUGGAAAAAUAUUGGUGCAUAUUGUCUUGGUUAUAAUUUUAAUUUAUUGGAUAAGAAUAGAUUUCUCUUUUAA